ACUCUGUUUGAUAAGCAAAAACAAAAUCAGUACUAGACGGUGGCAAAUAUGCAGUAGAGACAAACAUUUAGACUAGAGUUAUAUACAGUUUAUAUUAGUCGUGAACUUCAUUCAUAUAUAGAGAUUGGACUUAGAUUUAUAUAUAUAUUUAUCGAUAUGGAGGGACUCCGAGUCUCCUUAUUUCUCCUAUUGUCUGUGAUAUCAUGUUCCCUUGCCAAGAAUUCCUAUGUUGUAAUGUUCCCAAAGACGAUACGGCCUAACCUGGACACAAACGUUAAUGUCCAGCUCCUGAACCCCGCCCCUGGCCUUGACACCACCGUGGUGGUCAGCCUACUGGACGAGAACAACGCCACCCUCGUAUCCGAGAUGAAGACUACAGAUCCAUUGAGUCCAACAACACUAUCCAUACCCCUGAAGAUGCCAGCCACUUUGACCCCUGGUCUCAAAUACGCCAUCAAAGUGCAGGGUGAGGGAGGUGUGACCUUCAGUAACUACACGACAGUCGAUUUUAACCCCAAGUACUCCUCUAUCAUGAUACAGACAGACAAGGCCAUCUACAAACCCGGCCAGACAAUCCAUUUCCGUGUCUUUGGGAUGUACCCCGACUUAACCCUCGUAAACGACAACAUUGAUGUCGAAAUCUACGAUCCCAUGGGUAACAAAAUUGGCCAAUGGAAGAACAAAGUUCCCGACAAUGGGGUUUUUACCGAUAGUCUCGUUAUGUCUGACCAUCCUUUGCUCGGUGAAUGGAAAAUCAAGGCAAUUCAAGGGAAUGAAGCCUAUACAAAGACAGUUACAGUGGAUGAAUAUGUCUUACCGAAAUUUGACGUAACUUUGGAACUUCCUCCUUACGGGCUCAGUAACAGAAACUUAACGGGAAUUAAAGUGGUUUCUAAGUACACGUUUGGAAAGCCCGUGAAGGGAGUGGUAGACAUCCGAAUCCGCCCACCUUACCUCAGUCAGAGCCCAUGGUCCAUUGAGAACAGAAAGAAACAGGGACUUAUUGACCAGAUAUCCCACAGUGCACCUAUAAAUGGUGAGUACAAAUUUGAUGUGGAAAACUCCAAACUGAAGAGCCUGGAUAAAUGGCUGGACUACAGCGAGCUCCUGUUUGAGGUGAAUGUAACGGAAGCGAUCACGGGACUGCGACAGAACGCCACGGGAACUGUCCGCUUCUAUCCAUUUGAGAACAAGGUGGAGUUCCUCCAAUCUCUGCCCAAGUCAUUCAAGCCGGGUCUCCAAUACAAAGUUCUGGGUAGAGUAACUCGUCAAGACGAUUCCCCGAUAUCCCUGCCCACAGCUUCCCGGGUCAGGCUGACGGUGACCCACACACUCCCCCUUCCCUCAACCACAACCUCCACCACGACCACCACUGAAAUCCCACCCCCACCAGAAAUGGGAGGGUUGAGACUUAUCGAUGAACCUAUGAUCAUACCGGGGGGAAGACGAAUGUGGCAGCCGACCACGAAAGAUGAAAAACUGGAACCCGUUUUUCUGGACGUCAAUGCCGAUGGAAUUUUUGAAUAUGAAAUGACAAUACCGGAGAAUGUUAUUCGGGCAUCAGUGGAUGCACAAUACGAGAAGAGUUCUUCUUAUCUCAGUCUGAAUCCAAGUAAAUCUCCUAGCGAUAGCUUUAUGCAAGUAUCUUUGCUGAACCCUGACGUAAAACCCACGACUGGAUUAACUUCAAACUUUGAAAUCAAGACCACAGAAUCUACCCCCACAGUGUACUAUCAGGUUAUCUCAAAAGGUCAAGUCGUUUCAUCGGGCGAAGUUGACAUGACCUCCAGAGUUCAGACUUUCCCGUUACCUAUAACAACGGAAAUGGCGCCCAAGGCCCGCCUGAUCGUCCAUUACGUCAGAGAUGACGGAGAAAUUGUCACCGAUGCAUUGACCUUUAAUAUCGAUGGAACAUUCAAAAAUAAAGUGGACAUCAACUUUGACGUUCAGGAGACCCGGCCCGGCAAAGAGGUUGUGGUGUCGGUAAAAGCAGACCCAGAUUCCACGGUCCAUUUGCUGGCUGUCGACAAAAGUGUCCUCAUAUUAAGAAACGACAAUGACAUCAAAGAAAGCAGGGUAACUGAUGAACUCAAUACCUAUGACACGGACGGCGGUUUUGGCGGAUUUCAGCCUUUUGGUUGGUGGUGGCCGAGGCCUUCCGGAGGAGAGGACGCUGAUGACGUGUUCCGAAACAAUGGUAUGGUGGUUUUGACGGAUGCCCUUGUGUAUAACUACGAAGAACCAUUGAUGACGGUAUACCAUACAGAAUAUAAGUGGAAUCCCAGUAUUUUUAAAACUCUGGUACAGACUUUAGUCGAUGAUGGAGGGACUCGACCCCCCGCUACUACCACGGUCUCGCACCCUCACACCUCCACCACCGCUCGUCCUGAUACUCCGCCCCCUGUCCCUUUAAGAACCCGUGUACUCUUCCCCGAAACCUGGCUGUGGACCAAUAAAACUACAGGAGCUGACGGAAUGACCUCCUUCAGUGUCCCCGUCCCUGACACGAUCACGACCUGGGUCGCCUCAGCGUUUGCCGUAAACCCUGCGUCAGGGCUAGGACUGACCCCAAGUCCUGCAAAUCUUAAAGUUUUCCAGCCGUUUUUUGUGAGUCUUACCAUGCCCUAUGCCGUGACACGAGGCGAGUUGGUUGUACUACAGGCCAACGUCUUCAACUAUUUGGACAGAGAUGUCAGGGUCCUUGUUAUUAUCGAUAAAAACGAAUCCUUCAAGAACCUGGUCACCUACAUCCAAGACAACCAGGUCAAAAAGGGCAGAUUCUCCGCCAGAGUCGGGCGUACAUUUAAUAUGACGGCCGGAGAGAUCUACCCAGUGUACUUCCCCAUCAUCCCCACGGAGACCGGGGACCUGAAGAUCAACAUCACCGUCAUCUCCACGGGGCCUAGUGACGCCGUCAUCCGUUACCUGAAAGUUGAGCCGGAAGGUGUAGAGAAAGAAUUUAACAACCCUGUUUUGAUAAAUACUGGCACCCUUGGGACUUUCACACAAGACGUGGAGCUGUCUUUCCCGCCAAACACUGUGGCCGGAUCCAGACGUGUCCGGGCUUCUGUCAUUGGUGAUGUAAUGGGUCCCUCUAUCAGUGGAUUAGAUUCCCUGCUAAAGAUGCCAUACGGAUGCGGUGAACAGAACAUGCUGAACUUUGCUCCAAACAUCUUUGUUCAGAAGUAUCUUACUAUUACAAAUAACCUUACACCGGAUCUUGAGAAGAAAGCUAGAGAGUACAUGAUUAAAGGUUACCAGCGGGAAAUGACAUAUUCCCAUGACGACGGGUCUUACAGUGCCUUUGGUAAAAGUGACAAGUCCGGAACUACAUGGUUGACGGCUUUUGUGGUCAAGUCUUUCUCCCAGGCCUCUGAUUUCAUCACCAUCGACGAGAACGUCGUCCAAAAAGCUGUCACGUGGCUUGUCUCUCAGCAGAACGAGAACGGAACAUUCCGGGAACCGGGCAGGGUUCUACACAAGGAAAUGCAGGGUGGUUCAGCGAGCGGAGAGAGGGCCCUUGCUGCGUUUGUCCUGAUUGCUCUCAAGGAGGCGGAGGUCAUUCCAGGGGUGUCUGAGUUGACUGGUCGAGCAAUACAGAAGACAAGAACUUACUUGGAGAAUGACAUCGAUUUGUUGGAGGACAUGUAUGAGCUGGCCCUCGUAGGGUAUGCCUUGCAGAUUACCAACAGCCCGAGGGUCGCUGAAGUGAUGAACAAGUUGGAUGCCAAGGCUACCAUGAAAGAUGGAACAAAAUAUUGGACCAAACCGGAGACUGGCAUUCAAUGGAAAGGAUGGGCUCCACCCAAAGACCAGGCAAAGGCUGUUGAUAUCGAAACAACGGCUUAUGCUCUGCUCAGUCUGGGAGUUCAGAAGGAUCUGGAAGGAGGCCUCCCUGUUCUAAAGUGGGUGACCUCCCAGCGGAAUCCAGAAGGAGGGUUCUCUUCAACACAGGAUACAAUCAUCGCUCUCCAGUCAUUAGCGGAGUUUGCCACAAUGGUCUACAGUCCCAACUUUAACAUGAAAGUCCGUCUGACUAGUAAGACCCCCGGGGUAUUCUUCCAGCAGGACUUCACUGUGGACGCAAACAAUGCGCUAGUCCUUCAGACAGUGGACGUUCCUGUGGACGUGAAACUUCUGAACAUCCAAGCAGAGGGCUCCGGCAUAGCAUUGGCAGAGAUAUCGACAUAUUUCAAUACUGACGAGGAGAUUGAGGUUUCAUCCUUUGAUGUGAAUGUGACUCUUUUUGACGAGACCACCAAAGGUUUCACAGUCAAAGUCUGCGGCCGAUGGCUGAAGGAAGGCAAUUCCGGAAUGGCCAUGAUGGAUAUCGGAAUACCCUCGGGAAUGACCCCCGACAUGGAGACACUCGAUACUUCUAAGGCACCCAUGUACAAACGUAGUGAGAUGGGAUACAGGAAACUUUCUCUAUAUUUUGAUGAGUUUGACAAACAGGUUCAGUGUGCCUCCAUAUACAUGGCCAACACAGACAAAGUCGCGGAGAAGCAGCCUUCUGUCAUCAGGCUCUAUGAUUAUUACGAGCCCAAAAACCAGGCGACCACCUUCUACACGUCCAAGGUUUUGGCGGACUCCGGUGUGUGUGAUGUAUGUGGGUCCGAGUGUUUCUGCUCCGCCAAGCCUUAACACCUAAAGCUUCGUUGAUGCAGUUGAGAUGAUGGUGCUGUAUGAGACACUUUUCAUAUAAAUAUAUUUUCUGUCGCUUUGUGGUGGCGCUAAUAAACUGAAGACCAUCAUGGGCGGGAGCUAAGUUCUCUACAAAUUGAUGAAUAAUAUUGUAUGUGGAGUAUACAUCUCGGUCGUCUUGUAAAUACGUAUAUGUAUAAAGUGAUCAGUUCAAAUUAUUAAUAAACUUAUUUUUGUAAA